AUGCAGCCUGGGGUGUUCGGUCAGCAAGUUAAAGUGGAGCCCGAGGUGACCUCUUACCCUGGGCAAACAGUCAACUUAAUUUGUACCUUCACAGACACUAAUAAGAUUCAGAUCACAAUGGUCACCUGGAUCUACGAGCCCAAGGAGGGGGAGCGGACAAACAUUGCCGUAUUACACCCCAGCUACGAUCCCAACUACCCCGAGUCGCCGCUCAAGGACAGGGUCAGCUUCAUGGAGAGCCCCCCCAACGUGGCCAGCCCUUCCAUCCAGAUCAGCAAUGUUCGCAUGACUGAUGAGGGGAAGUACAUCUGCGAGUUUGCGUCCUACCCCAGUGGACACAAGCAGGGAGUCACGCAACUGGUUAUGCUCACAAAACCCCAGAACUCUGCAUCUGCCUUAACUGUGGAAGCGGGCCCCAAACCUACGGCGGUGGCGCGCUGCGAAUCCCUCAAUGGCCGCCCCGCCGCACAGAUACGCUGGGUGACCACGGCCAAUGGCAACGCCACCACGACAUCCAAGCAGGGCCAGGACAACACUGUGUCUGUCACCAGCGAGUACCGUGUGGCUCCCACUGCGGCAGACAACGGCAAAGAUAUCAGUUGCAUUGUUUCUCAUCGGACGCAGACAUCGCCGGAAAGCUUCCAGAUGAAACUCAAAGUUCUAUACGCUCCCCAGGUGACAAUUGUGGGUUAUGACAAUAAUUGGUACGUAGGCCGUACAAAUGUGCUGCUCACCUGCCAGGCUGCUGGAAACCCAGUACCGACGACAGUCCUUUGGAAGUCUAUGACAGGAGCGAUGCCUGAUACGGUGCAAAUCAAAGACAACCAGCUGAAGGUACUGAAGGUGGACGAGGCCGUCAACACCACUUUUGUCUGCGAGGUCAAGAACCGCGUCGGGACCGGCAGGGACCAGGUCACUGCACUUGUCAGAGAGCCUACAGUGAAUCCGUCCAAUGCCGGCGUGGUGGCGGGGGCUGUGAUCGGCUCCCUGCUGGCUCUGCUUUUGGUGGCCGCGCUGGUCGCCGUGCUGGUCACUCGUAGCCGCCGCCAGCAACAGGGCUACCGCGCCAAAGGCGGCAGCGACUUGAAGGCGCGCAUAUUCGGUGGCGGCAAGACAGCCAACAAGAACGGCACGGGCGGCGUCGGCGGCAACAACAACGGCCCAAUAUAUGUGUACGACGAUGGCUCGGCCAACCAGGGGGAGAAAAACAACCACGGGCCCCUCACUAUCGGGGGCCGGCCCGAGGUAGUCGCCGGCACUCCCACAGCCCAGGACAUCCUACUUAGCAGCGAGCUAGACGACGCCGAGAGGCGGAAGUUCGACGAGCUGGAGGAGGAGGAGCGGUACGACCACUUCUCCGGUGUCGCCCCCAUCCUGCAGCUACGCCCACCCAACGAGCAGGAGGAAAUGAUCGGGGUAUACCUAGACGACGACAUGGAGUCCCAACGGGAUGGCUCGGUCAUCUCUCGGACUGCUGUUUACGUAUAA